AUGAUAGGGAAUUUCGAUCUUCAAUUUUUUGAUGAAGAUUACACUUAUUUUUUGGGUCUAUAUGAUGAAGCUCGGCAAAAGAAGUUUAUCAAAUUGGCCUAUCAUACUCGUUGGGAAUCAGUUGUUAUGGGAUUUUGUUUUCCUGGUCGGCGAGAGGCUUUUUUACAUUACAACAUUCGUCAAGAAAAGGAAAAGCUUAAAGCCGUCAUGAAGACUUUUAAAUAUCUUGAUACUCUGGUUGAAAAGGUGAAGUUGAUCGCCUUGGAAGUAUUCGAGAAGAAUGAGGCUUUGGCUUUUGUCCAAGCAUCUUUAUCCAAGGUAGAGUUCGCUCUAGCAGAAGAGGAACAAUCCUAA